CGUGCGUCUGCGGGGCUGCUUGUUCUGUCUGGCCGGGACGGAGCGCUUCCCGAGCAAGCUGAGCAGCUCGACUAAAACACGUCAACAAAGCCCUAAAGAGGCGGGUUUUCUUUUCUUUCUUUCUUUUUUUCUUUUCCCGUCGAGGAUUUGGAAAUUAUUUGCACUCGAUUUCGAAACACCCAUCCAUCCAGUCGGAGCCGGGUGGACUUUAUCCCUCCCGCGGGGCUUCGCAGUUCGCGUCGGUGGACCACCGCAUCGGCAGCACGCCGCUUGCCGUUUUGUUGUGAAGAAAGAGCAGCCGAGGCGGUGUGAUCAUUGACAGGGUUCAAUACACACAAGCGAACGGGGGGCAGCCGGUGGGAGACCACCAUUUUUUUUUGUAUGCACAAAGAAAAGACCAGCUGGGAACCAUUUUCGUCGGUUAAGUCGAGGUAUUGCAUGAUCGUUUCUAUUUCUCUCAGCCACUGCAAGGGACUUGACCAAAAGGAGCAGUUUGCACAACUUCCAGUAGCUUGUCUGCAGCCCCCUCCCGACCCAGACAGUCUUCUGCCCCAGCAUGAAUGAAGUCAGUGUUGUGAGAGAGGGAUGGCUCCACAAGAGAGGUGAAUACAUUAAAACAUGGCGGCCUCGCUACUUCAUCUUGAAGAGCGAUGGCUCCUUCAUCGGCUACAAAGAGAAGCCCGAGGUGUCCAGUGACCACAGCCUCCCGCCGCUCAACAACUUCUCCGUCGCAGAAUGCCAGCUCAUGAAGACGGAGCGGCCGAGGCCCAACACAUUUGUUAUUCGUUGCCUGCAGUGGACCUCUGUUAUUGAGCGCACCUUCCACGUGGACAGCAACGAGGAGAGGGAGGAGUGGAUGCGAUCGAUCCAGGCGGUGGCAAACAGCCUGAAGAGCCAGCAGCACGAUGAGGAGCCCAUGGAGAUUAAAUUUGGCUCACCAAGUGACAUCAGUGGAUCCGAGGAGAUGGAGAUUGCUGUGUCCAAAUCCCGCACAAAAGUGAACAUGAGUGAUUUUGACUACCUGAAGCUGCUGGGAAAAGGGACAUUUGGCAAAGUGAUCCUGGUGAAGGAGAAGGCCACCGGGAUGUACUACGCCAUGAAAAUCCUCCGCAAAGAAGUCAUCAUUGCUAAAGAUGAGGUGGCCCACACGGUCACAGAAAGCAGAGUUCUUCAAAAUACGCGACAUCCCUUUCUAACGACACUAAAAUAUGCAUUUCAAACGAACGACCGGCUAUGCUUCGUGAUGGAGUAUGCAAACGGGGGAGAGCUCUUCUUUCACUUAUCGCGGGACAGAGUGUUCUCAGAAGACCGAGCCCGGUUCUAUGGGGCGGAGAUCGUGUCGGCGCUGGAGUACCUCCACUCACGCAAUGUAGUUUACAGGGAUUUAAAGCUGGAGAACCUCAUGUUAGACAAGGACGGCCACAUAAAGAUCACGGACUUCGGGUUGUGUAAAGAGGGGAUCACAGACGGGGCCACCAUGAAGACCUUCUGUGGAACUCCGGAGUACCUGGCGCCCGAGGUGCUGGAGGACAAUGACUACGGCCGGGCCGUGGACUGGUGGGGGCUGGGCGUGGUCAUGUAUGAGAUGAUGUGCGGCCGCUUGCCUUUCUACAACCAGGACCACGAGCGCCUCUUUGAGCUCAUUCUCAUGGAGGAGAUCCGCUUCCCCAAGAACCUGGCUCCCGAAGCCAAGGCCCUGCUGGCCGGCCUGCUCAAGAAGGACCCCAAACAAAGGCUCGGAGGCGGACCAGACGACGCCAAAGAAGUGAUGAUCCACAAGUUCUUCACCUCCAUCAACUGGCAGGAUGUUCUUGAAAAAAAGCUCGUUCCGCCCUUCAAGCCGCAGGUAACAUCGGAGACGGACACGCGUUACUUCGAUGACGAGUUCACAGCACAAACCAUCACAAUAACGCCCCCGGACAAGUGUGAGUAUAUCCAGCACUGCCAGUAUUAAGGUUUUUAAAUUAGG